AUGAUCCUGAACGCCUCUGACCUGGGCUGGGACGAGUCCUCAGGUGCUGACCCCUUCCUCCCCGUGGACCAGCUGGAUGGCCCGUCUUCAUACGAGGUCCCGCCCCUCACGGUGUGGGGCGUGGCCCUGUGUGUUUCCGGAACUCUCAUCGCCACCGAGAACGCCAUCGUCGUCACCACCAUCCUGGCCACGCCGUCCUUGCGCGCCCCAGUGUUCCUGCUGCUGAUCAGCCUGGGGCUGGCAGACCUCCUGGCGGGCGUCGCCCUAGUCCUCCAGUUCCUCUUCGUUUUCUGUGUGGAGCCCAGUGAUUGGUCAGAGCUGCUGACCUCGGGACUGCUGGUGACGUCGCUGACCGCUUCGCUCUGCAGCCUGAUGGGCGUGGCCCUGGACCGGUACCUGUCUCUUAGCCACGCCCUCACCUACGGAUCGGGACAAUCCCGCCGCAGAGCCGCGGGCCUCCUGCUGCUGGUGUGGCUGGGCGCCUGUGUGAUCGGAGCGGGGCCUGCGAUGGGCUGGCACUGCCUCGGGGAGCCGGACUCCUGCUCUGUGGCUCGACCCCUGACGCGGACAUACCUGUCGCUGCUGUGUGGGGGCUUCCUGGUGGUUGUCAUGGUCACCCUGCAGCUGUACGCCGGGAUCUGCCGCGUGGCGAGGCGGCACGCCCACGCCAUCGCCACCCAGAGGCACUUCCAGACAGCCAACCACUCAUAUGCAAGCCAUCACAGCAGUGGGCGGGGCUUCUCACGGCUGAUCCUGGUGCUCGGUGUGUUUGUGGGCUGCUGGAUGCCUUUCUCCCUCUGGGGGCUGCUGGGAGACGCCUCCAGCUCCCCUCUGUACACCUAUGUCACCUUGGUGCCAGCAGCCGGCAGCUCCCUGCUGAACCCCAUCCUCUACAGUCUGAGGAACAAAGACAUCCGCAAGGUGCUGCUUCAGGCCUGCUGCCCCCACAGAUGCCAGCACAACGCACAGAUACACUACCCAGUGGAUGUGUAG